UAAAUGGGUCACGAGACUGCCCUGCUUUGAAUAGUGAGAAUAUUUCCUGUUUGCCUCAGAACAGGUUUGUGCUGUGGCUGAGGGAUAAGCGGAUCAAAAAGAGAUCCGUGAUUUUGACCUUUGUACCAGUUGGCAGCGAUCGUGUUGACAUGUCACACUCAAACACACCUCUCAAGACGUGCAUUUCCAUUCGGGAUUACAGUUUUCACUUCUUGAGGCAGCAGACACCUUUUCUCAGUGACAGUAUGGCCUCUGCUCAAGGACUUUGCCCUCACCAGAGUGUUCCUGUUGAGAUGGAUGAGAGCAUGACAUCCUCCAGUCUGGACUUGGUCCUGCCUGCCUCUUGCAAACAGUGUAGUGGACACACAGAGACCAGCAGACGGCUGCAGGAACACGGCUAUGAGCAAGCUUGUGGGGCAGCAAACAAUGUCGGCCCGUGGAGACUCCCUGAAAGCCUGCACCAGCAUGAACCCAGAGGAGCCUGUCAUGCGGCCCCGGGACCUUGUUUCAUCCCUGUUAAACACUCAGAGGGACGGUUCGCAGAUGUUUUGCAUCAUGUUCCCAGAGAACAGUAUGAAAGGGACUUCCCGAUUCACCAAAGCGGGGUCUUUGCAAGUCCUUCAAACUGGCCCCGGGUUCACUCUGUGGAGGAGGCAGAACACUUGGAGGCCCCCCAAUCACUCAAGUCUGGCGUUAACUACCCCAACUACGUCCCACCCCAAUACCCAGCAGCAGCACGCAUGCCCAGACCAAAUCCAAUGCAGGGGAGUCGUCCCAGGCAAUGUGCGUGCUGCCCUCCAGCGAAUCUGCCCCGUCACUAUAACGACUAUUAUCACCAGGAGCCUGGUUACCCAGCAGAUCCAUGCAGGGAGCCCCAACACCACCAACCGUCAUGGACUCCAACUUGUAAUAGGCUGCAACGUAGAGAUCCUGCCCCUGGCUCUGUGGCCCCUCUGAGAGAUGUGAUGCAUGAAGUCUGUGUGAAUCCCUCCCUCCAGGCUGGUCCAGGACCAGCCACAAAGGAGAUCAGGAGGACCAUCAGUCUGUCUGAGGAGUGUAGGAAGGUUUUCAUCACAUAUUCCAUGGAUGCAGCCAAAGAAAUCAUUCCUUUUGCCAAAUUUCUGAUUGCCCAGGGGUUCAAACCAGCAAUUGACAUCUUUAAUAAUCCAAUGCAAAUAAUGGCCAUCAACAAGUGGAUGGACAGAUAUUUGAACGAUAAAUCAGUGCUCAUCAUCGUGGUCAUCAGCCCCAAGUACAAGGAGGACGUGGAGGGAGACGGAGACGACGAGCACGGCCUGCACACCAAGUACAUUCACAAUCAGAUCCAAAAUGAGUACAUCCAACAAGGCUGCCUUAACUUCAGACUGGUACCUGUGGUAUUUCCUAAUGCGUCCAAGAUACAUGUCCCCAACUGGCUCCGGAACACCAGGAUCUACCACUGGCCCCAGGACACCCAGGACCUGCUGCUGCGCCUUCUGAGGGAGGAACGUUACAUCAUCCCCCAACAAGGGGCUGACCUCACCCUCACUGUUCGUCCCCUCUGAGAAAAACUAAACAAAGGACUGACACAUGCGGAACAUAAGCAAUUUAAAAGAAAUGGAUCCUUUUGUCAAUCCCUCAACAUGCUUUAGGCAUGAGGACUGUUAAUUCUG